AUGACUUCCACAUGGUUUUCUCGGUUGGAUGAGAAUUCUAAGGAACGUGCUCGGGCUGAGAUAGCUGAUAUACAAAAGAUCAUUAAAGAGAUGCGGGCGGAAUUUAAAAAGCCCAUUACAGUUUUUCCCGCGCAUACUGUGCAACAUUCUGCGAAGGUAAUUUCCAAGGACACAUCCAUGGUGAAGAUAGAUGAUGUUAACGACGACAACGAGGCAAAGACAACACGUACUGGUUCUAAGGAGGACAAGGCUGAUGUUGACACGAUUUUGGUGGACGAUGUUGUACCAUUGAGUGGGUUGAAUAUGCAACUCAAGAGGGUACAUGAUGAAGCUUGCAAAACAGUUGACAAGGGUCAGCGGUGGAGUUUAUUUCAGACUCAGUGUAUGAUUAAAGGCAAAGCAUGCAAGUUGAUGAUUGAUGGUGGUAGCUGUACUAAUGGCAUAAGCAAGGCAAUGGUGGCAUCAUUGGGGUUGUCCACAUGGCGUAUUCCUGAACCUAAGCAUCUUGAGUGGUUGAAUAGUUGUGGUAUGUUGAAGGUUACUCAUAAAGUGCGUGUGCCAUUUACAGUUGGUGACUAUGUUGAUGUGGUAGAAUGUGAUGUGUUGUCAUUGGAGGUGUGUGGGCUGUUACUUGGACGUCCAUGGCAGUAUGAUCGCAAUGUUACACAUGCUGGGAGAGCAAAUGCAUAUUCUUUUGUGCAUGAUGGAAAACAACAGACUUUGAAGCCUAUGAAGGAUGAUCAAAUAAAGUCUAAUGUGGAGCUGGUGGUACACAAGGAGAGGUUGUGCAAGGCUAAGCCGCCAGGGUUAGCUAAGCUGCAGCAUGAGGAGCAUGAUGCACAGAGCGACAUUGUUGAUAUUGCUUCAGCUAUACCUGUAGAUGACAAGCAUGUUGUUCUUGUUAGUGACAAGCCAGUUGAAGUGCAGCCUCUUUCUGAUGAGAGGAAGGAUGUUGCAGCAUGUGUUACAAUUCCAGUUUGUGUUGACACAGGUGUUCAGACUGAUGAUAUUUGUGCUGAUCAUAUCCCAGUGCAUGAGGUGCUUCGGAGCGACAAGCGCAGUUUUGUUAGCACACUUGCGAGGCGUUUUGUUGGAGCAGCAGUGCGGAUGCACAAAGGCAAGGAUGGACAUGUUCGUCAGUUGUGUGGCCCAGGCAUUACUCAUCUUUUGCAGGGUAGUGCAAAGCAGGUUCAUGUUCAGAAACAAAGGGCUCCAACAAAGGUGGACAAGAAGAAGGUGGUGGCGCCUAUGCCCAGGCGUGUGUGGAGAAGAAAGGCACCCACAGCUGAACCAAGUCGAGCAGACCAAGAGGGGGGAUUUGGAGUGGUAGGCAGGCGAGACUUGAAGAUGGCGAAGACGCGUGAUGCUUUUGUUGAUAUCACUCCACCCUUUCCAGUAGACCCUCACAUGUUGAGGACAACACUUUUUGAAGGGGGGAAGAUGAUAUGGGCACGACGGAGGAGGUGAAGCCCAAUUUCAGGACUCCGCCAAGCUAGGCGUGUCAUUGUUAUUUUUAAUAAUUAGAUUUUUAAUAAUUGUGAGUUUUGGCCUGGUUUUGGGUCUGUCCAACCAAGUCAGGUCGAGGCUAGACUGGGCGCCUCACCCCUCCAUAUAAGGAGUUGGGGCGCAUUAGGUUUAGGGGGUGGAGAAUUUUAGUCGAAAACUAUCGAGUUGUGUUUCCUUGGUGAAGCAUCCCUUUGGGGACGGCGAUGCCGUUUAUCUAAUAAAGAUUGCUGCGAAGGUUCUUGUGUUCAGCAAGGAUUAUCGUGCUUUGGUUUGAGGCAUGGUGAUCUUCAUCACGUUGCUUGCUGGAUUUGUUUCCUCAUCUUCAGGUUACGCGGAUUACUCCCGUGAUUAGAAGUUUUCCUAUUUUAUUGUCUUGCGGUGAAAGAUCGGGCAAAAACUAUAGGAUCAUCACGUUGAUCCUUAUUACCUUCUCCCAUAUUUGCUUGCUUGCUCCCUGCCUGCUCCACCAAGCGGACAAACUCAAGCCUAUGGGGAACAAGAAAAACGAUGAAUAGAUCGAUUUAACUGGUAGCAAACGAACUAAUUUUCUUGGUGGUGAGGGCUCACGAAUUGGGGAGGAUAAAAGCACCUGCUCCACGGUGGCUCCCAGACGACGCAGCGCUCACGGCAGCCCGUGCUCUAGCUCACCUCCUUGUCGAGCCUGUCACUGCCGCUGGUUUCCCCCGCGCCACCUCCUCUUCCUCUUUUCUGGUCUCCCCCGUGCCACCUCCUCUUCCUUUUUUCCUCCAGCGGCGGCGCAGUCCCCCCGUGACUUCUUGGUGGUGAGCGCUCAUGAUUGGGGAGGAGAAGAGGAGCCCGUGGCUUCUUGGUGGUGAGCGCUCACGGAUUGGGGAGGAGAAGAGGAGCGGCGGACUGGGAGGGGGAGGAGAGGAGGCGGCGGACUGGGGAGGAGGAGGAGAGGAGGCGGUGGAUUGGGGAGGAGGAGAGGAGGCGGGGAUUGGGAGGAUUGGGGUGAGAGGAGGCUGUCGAUAGGCUAGGGUUUUCACCGUGUUUGCCUGUACGUGAAAUUACUAAAAUGCCCUUGGCAGGCCACCAAAUUUAUAGUGAUGAUAGCAGCACUAUUCAUAGCGAUUUAGGGACAACGUGGCUGGCUUCGUCUGGCCUAGCACUUCUUGAACGUUUAUAUGUUCAAUGGCAUCAGAGGAAACGGACAGAACACGCCUGAGUCCCGCUCGACCUCAUGACAUGCGCGCCACGGCAGUCUAGGGUUUGGCCGCUGCCGCCCCUGCCUCUACUGCUUACUCCGGCGACACUCCACAUCCGGCAGGUAUAGUUUUCCCUCCUCCCUCACCCCCCCCCCUCUCAUCCCAUGGUGGUGGCCGGCCGGCGGUCCGACGGCUCCGGCGCCGAUCACCGGCCCUUCUCCUCCAUACUCCUACCUCCCUCCUCCCUCCCUUUGCCCCCUAUGGUGGAGGUCAGGUCGUCCCGUGCCUCCUCAAUCUGGUGUCCGUGAGGGACGGGGCAGGUCCGAUCGUCCGCCGGCGCCGGUGAACUGGGACUCCUUCCUCCUCUCUCCUCCCUCCACCCUCCAUCACUCAUCCCCAUCCAUCCUCUUCUAAAAAAAUUCUCUGAUCAUGCAUAUUCCUGUUUUCUGUUUUUUGUGAUUUGAUGGUUAAUAGUCAUAGAUUGUAGUAUGUUAUUACAGUAUCAUUAGUACUUGUUGCAUAUUGCUACUCUCUACGCAUUUUCAAGAUUAUGUAUGAAUGGAUUGGCCAGGAAUGGCCCAAUUUUUGUCAUGGUUUAUAUCUUUUGCUACGUAAUUGCUUGAUGCGCAUAUUGAUCGGUCAUUGGCCAGUAGUACCAAGGUUAAAGUUUUUUAUAGAUGUGAUGCCGAUGAUGAGUAUGUACUUCCAGUGCUAUGACUGGAGGUGGCACGAACACAAGCAGACCCGGUUGAAGAUGAGGGGAACGAAGACAGCAUGACAAUAUUCAUAGUAGAAUAGCUCAUGCUUGUCUAGCAAUGGCAACAUAAGUUUAGCUAUGUUGAUGGAGGUCAUCCUCAUGUGAACCAUACUGUGUUUUGUAUGAUGCAUGUCUUUGUAAUAAUAUUAUGGGAACACUAUCUAUUUAAAUGUAUGCAACAUCAAAGUAUAGUUGUUCAAUUGUGUAUGUGUUAGCUAUAAAUCGCUUACAUUGUCAUAUUUUUUCUGUGUAAAAUGAUUGUCCGAUUUCCUACAAAUGUACAUGUCACUACUUUAAAUUAGUAUAUAAACAUAUUCACUCAAGUGCCAAGGCAUUACAGACGAUUCACAACCAAAUCUGCAGUUUUAUGGUUGUUUUAACCAAACAGCCUCUAGCUUGUCUACAGUGGCAUUUUCACAGCAGCUCAACCCAUUAAGCUACGCGUGAAGGGCGGCCAACCAGUUAUGCCACGUGGCGUAAGUGGUUGGCCGCGGCAUGUAAUCUUUUGAAUUUUUUUAGAUGAAGGCGUGAAUUGUUUUUUAAAAGAGGUGAGAACCUCUGGUAUUUUCUAAAUGAAGGGUUGAUAGACUGCAGUGGUAAUUUUUUUCCUUUUUUACUUUGUGAAGGUGAGGAUUUUUCUAAUAUGGUUUUUUAGAUGCAAGGACUCUAUGUAUCUUUUUAAAAUAGAAACAUGCACAUACUGUCCUCUCAAGCAGCGGCGCCACAAAUGACGCUCACUUUAAACAUAGGAGAUAUUUUUUGGAAGAGACGCACAUACAUCUUAUAAGUGCACCUAAAAACAGAUUAGGAGGGAUUUGAUUUUAGAGUUUUGUGUCGUGCUCAUGGCAGCAACUAGAUGCUUUGCGUUUUGGCUCUCGGGUCCAGGUGGUCCUGAUAUCUGGGCCGUCCAGAUGAGCUCUGGGAUUUGUGCGAGGCAUUAUUAAAUUCGAUAUACCGUACAGAAUAAGAGGGGAAUACACAGUGGCGGGCCUUGUACGUACGAUGUCAGAUGACGGGCGGCACCGUCUGUGGAGUCGCCGUUAACGACGGGCAAAAUGAAUGCAUCCCCGUCCACCAGCUUCGGCCCCUGUUUUCAGCGAAAGAUGAUCGAGCCGAGUAAAAAUUAGAGCCGGAGGGCGGCGUCGGUGGCGGCUACAUCGGCGGCAUUCUCGCACACUGAUUCCCUGCUCGCAUCACCGGACGUGGUCUCCGAUUACUGCUGGCGCAGCCGUGGCGAUGGAUUUUCCCGUCGCUCCGAUGGACAGGUUGCCCAUAUUCCCGGAUGAGGCGGCUAGCGCGGCGGCCCUAAUUGAAUUGAUUGGUGGGGCUGGUCGUGCGGAAAAGGAAUUAACCAACGGAUCUGGCGGGGCGGUGGUCGGAGGAUUUGGGCGCAGCUCAGCUGGGCAGUUCGGGGGUGGUGCUAUGUGCGGCGAGGAAACAAGUGUGGCUGCCGGCGGCCCUGCCGUGUCAAUGCAAACGCCGUUGACCAGGGUGGCGUUGAAGCACAUUUUGAUGGAGAUCAGGGCGCUGUGAUUCAAGAUCGAACAGGAAGUGGCGAUGGAGGCUCUGCACAAUCGACUGGCAAGGUGGAUCCCCAAGCCCCUGGAUGGACUAAGAGUUUGUUAUGCUGGCUAGUGAAUUGUCAGUUUGAUAAAACCAUUGUUUGGGGACUUUUUGCUGACGGCGGAGAGAGCUGCGGCACUGAGGCCUUCUGUUGGUGGCCGGGUAUCAAGCAUGACCAAGCUAGCAAUGGCGACGGACUUUCCCGUACACCAAUAGACAGUGUUAGAGUUGGAAAACACCUGCCGAACGCCUUGUCCGGAAAAGAGUUGGCGCCCUACCGCAGACGAUCCGCGGAUACACGAACAACCUCGGUGGUCAUUUAGUGGAAACUGAGAGUGUGUUGACAUUCGACUCUCUCGAAGAAGAUUGGGAGCACGGAUUUGGGAUAAGAUAUGGGAAAAGCAGGCUCAAUGCUGGGAAGACCAAGUGUAUGCAGGAAGUUGUCUGCAGGUGCUCUGGGAAGCCAAUAAAAGAAAACGGCAGGGCUUGCCGUUGUGAGUGCCUGGCUAUGAUCAGAUUGCUUCGGACACACGACAACGGGUGGUACAUAACCGAACACAGGGUGAAUCACAACCACUCGCUGACACCUACAUGUGGCGAGAAGGUGAAUUGGCCGGCCCACAUCAAAUUGAUGUCUACAUGAAGGAUCUGGUAAAACAGUUAUAAAUAAUAGCAAGUUUUUGCGGGUAGACACAUUGGCUGGCAUUUGUGCCCCUGAGAAGAAGUGAAAUGCAGGACAGCCGACAAACAGCUGUGAUAAAGCACCAUAUGAGGAGUUGAGUAUGAGAACUACAUUUUGCAGCAUCUGCAGAGGUAAGAGGCAUAAGAAGACCACCCGUCGACAGAGAGAUGAUUUGCCGAAACAACCAAGGAAGGAAGCAAAAUGCAGUAACUGUGGUGCAGCGGGACACAGGAAAAAUAAUUGCACGAACCCUGAAGGUGUUAAGCUGCAAAUUGGGCCUGCAUGGCUAGGGAUAGCAGAUUUAAGACUCAAUUUGCAAACAAACAAAUGUUUUAUGAUUGAGGCAAGCUUGUGUGGGCAGGCUGUGCAUAUAUCCCAGCUAGUGGUCGAGUUGCUCUAUAAAAGUGCAGAUCCAUUAGCUGGGUCUCUCUCUGAGGCCAUUUUCAAUCGUGUGUGGAACCAAUUUGAAGAAAAGGAUAUCGUUGGGAGAGGGGGUGGCGCAGCAGUGUUGCCAGGAGGAAGAUGGCUCCAUCCAUCAGCUGGUCGAGCUCCGGUGUCCUCACGUCAGGAUUGGCUUGGAGUGCUGACAACGAAGCAUUCUACAUGGUAUGCACCCAGAUCCGCUUCAUCUGCUGGGAUAUAUCUAGGUUUGGACCUAUUGCAAAUUGUUGAUCUUCAAUCUGUUGCAUUAAUACUGGGAGGGGUCAGUUGAUGGUGUCUUCAGCCAUGGCCUUGACCCUUGAGGGGGAGAACGUUGUCGGUGGACCAGACCUGCAAGCAAACCAUCUAUCCGACCAGAACGGGGAAGCUGCAGCCGACUCCAGAGAGGAUGGUGACCACGGCAUAGAGCCAUAGAGGUUGUGGCAGAGCUUGAUCCCGACGCCGACCAUCUGCUUGGCGAGGCAGGGCAGCCUGUUCUGUAAGAAUAUGACGAGUUUGUGAUGGUUUGGUAAGCUGACGAAGAUUCAGAGGGUGAAGAAGAAGUGGCAAGCCACAAGCGUCCCCGCCUGUGCUAGACGCUAAAUCAAGUCAAUGGACCAGUUGGCUAGAACUAGAAAUUAAGUGCGUAUAUUUUGUGUUUACGCCUCUGUGUAUUUUGCUGAAAGCUUAGUGUGUCCAUUGCUGGGAGGAACUGUCUCUAAAUUAGUUGUUAUUUUUUAGGGGAGAUUAUAGUUGUUAUUAUUGUAGAGUAGUAGCCGACGUGAGUGUGGACUAAUGUUUAGGCCCUGUUUGGUUCUAAAUAAGUCACCAACUUAUAAGUCGAAAAGUGUAAAAAGUGAUUUAUUUUGUCAAACGGACCCAACUUAUAAGUCACCCCAACUUAUAAGUCAUAAGUUGCUCCACCCCAACUUAAAACUUAUAAGUCACCCUUUUGCAUGGGUCCCACAAUCUUUAUAUAAAAAAACAAGGUAGAAAGGUGUGCUCAGAUGACUUAUAAGUCAGAUGGUAACCAAACAGGCGUGAUUUAUAAGUCACUGAUUUUAAGUCACUUGACUUAUAAAUCAAAUGACUUAUUAAAACAGGCUCUUAACGGAAUCAAUAACUCCCGAACGAGCCAGGUUUUAGCAAAUCCUCCCGCGGAGCGUUCAGGAUGAUUCUGGGCCGCCCGAACGAGUUUCAUUGUUUUCCCCCUCCCCCUGGACACCACUCCCCCACUCUUCUUUUUCGUUGCCGGAUUUGAAGACGGCCGGCCAAAUCAGGCCGCCGGGACGGCGCGCUGUGCUGGAGAUGUGUUGGGCCGGCUGCGUGUGGCCCAGGCGAGCGGCGGAUUGGUGCAGCGUCGAGCGGGACGAGCAGGCGAGCUCCUGCUGGAUGCAGAGGAAGCAGAGGUCGGCGUCAGUGGACUUGGCGAAGGGCGCCGCGACGAAGGCGAGUUCGGGAGGGCGUGGAGGAGCGGAUCCGGCGCAGGGAGACUGUUCCCGGCGGCGGCGAUGGAUCUGGAGGACAGUGGAGCUCCAUGGCGGAGGCGUUCGGGCCGGCGCGGCGGAGAUGGCCGACCAAAUCAUGGUAAAGCGCGGCCACCUGGAGGCGACGGCCACGGUCGCGUGUUCUUCGAGCUCAGCGUCCAUGGGCGACGAGACCCUCCUCCUCGUCUUCUCCGUCCUAUUGGACGCCGCCGACCUCGUCUGAUGCGCGGCCGCCGGGAGGCGACGACGCCAUCCUGCACUGUGGCGCCCUUCACGACCAUAAGCUGCUCAUGGGCAACGGGCACAUCCUCCUCGUCUUCUUCGGCCGCUCAAGUGCCGCAUUUGAAUAUAGUCUUAGUGAACAGGUUCAACUUUUUGUGUCACUAGCUCAGCACUGAUGGUGAUUCGAUUUUUUUAAGCCCAGUCCAUAUGUUGCAAUUUUUGUGUGAUUCAUUUUCUCAGUCGUUCA